AUGCGUUGCACUAAUCUGGUGUCAUUGGCACCGCUUUUGGCCUUGAUUCCCCAGGUCUCAUCUCUCAUUUCAGCCAGCAGCUAUCCUCAAUUUUGCUCAACUGAGCAAUGGGAGGACGAUGAGUUGGUUGUCUCCAUGUCGGCGGCUCACUGCUACGCAUACUCGGUUUGCGCCAAGGAAAUGGGAGUAUAUCCCACUGCCACACUAGGAUCGACAACUCUCACCACAACCUUAACCACUACGAUCGUCACUGCUUCCACGGUCACCGUCGACUCGACCCUCUCGCAGGUUGAGACCAUCACUGAUACGAUCAUCCCAGCGGACGUGACUUUUACCAGCGUGGCCACGGUCUCGGAUACCAGCAUAACGACUGAUGCCACCGAGACUAGCUUCACUACCGUCACGACCGAGACUGUCGAGGAGACUGCGACUAGCUCAAUCACCAGCGUCGUUACCACGACAGAAACCAGCUACACGACGACCGCUACCGUCUAUGUCACUGUCGACACUCUUACUGAGGUCGAAACUCAAACAGACUUUACGACAAUUCCCACGACGGUGCCAGCAACUUCAACUGUGGGCACCGAGGUAACCUCGACAAACGUUGCUAGCGAGACCACCACCACGACUGUUACCGAUGUCGAGACGGCAUACACUACAGUAUACGUAACAACUAUUGCUGAAGUUGUAACUGUGCCUGUAACCACCACCGUUACUGUGAAUCAGAAGAGAGCACUGGCCUCCGCUACAGCCGAUGCGUCAUCAAAGAAAGACCUGUGGCUGGCUGCCUUUGGCGAAACCCACUUGCACAACGCCUGCCAGUGUAUUGUACCAACAACAAACUCGACCGCCAACUAUACGACCUCAUCAGCCGAGACCUUUUACACCACCGCCUACACUACUGUGUAUGACGUGUCUGUGACAACGGUCGGUACUGCUGCAACUCUGAUCAGUACCGUAAUCGAGAGCACCACCGUGGCCCAAGAGACAGAAACCGUAGUGGAGACCUAUACUGCGACCAUCACUCAGGCGGUUGAGGCUACCAUUACAAUCGGUGCGACGGCUACCACAACGCAGACUACUACAACAUUGACGACAGUGACAAGUACCUCAACCACGACGGACAACGAGGUUGCCUCAACUGCUAUUUCCGUUACUGCCGAGGAGACCUCGAGCACCACGACCACAUCUACGGUCGUAGAGACAAUCACCAGCACGGAAACCAUCACUACAACCGCCACUGCCGAGGUUGAUUUGACCGUAACGAGCAUUGUCACGGUGACCAGCGAGGUUGAGACCACCCUGACUUCCACAUCGACAACAGGCGUCACCUCCACAACAUCCACUACGGCAACAGCCACGUUUGCGGUUCAAACCAAUGUCAUUGUCAAUGGCGGUUUCGAAAGCGGGGUCCUGUCACCAUGGACCUCAAGUUUUGCAGGCGUCACGGCAAACAAACCAUACUCAGGAACAUACUCUUUGCAGGCCACUGCUUUCCGAGCAGGAAUUAUCCCGUUUAUUCAGCAAACCUUUAGUGAUACUGCCGGAGUCACCUACGGUUGCAGUUUCCAGUGGUAUAUGCUACUGUAUACUCCCUUGACUACAAUCACCGUUUACGUCGAUGGCACGCUAGUCAGCACUUAUACUCUCACUACAACCAACUACCGUACUUGGAACGCGGCGUCAUUCUCUUUCACGGGAACAGGUUCUGACACAGUCCGGAUUGUUUUCACUGACGUCAGUCCCACCUUUAACUAUGGAUACAUCGAUGACAUUGCUUGCACGGCCCAAUAG